ACUGCAAUAAUCCCACCAACUACCGCGCGACGCGUAAUCCCACGUUUUUUUUUUUCCGAUUGGACGAGCUCUCGAUCGAACAGUCACAGGCAGUGGCAGAAGACUCUUAAGUCGCGUCACGAAAACAACAGUCGUCGUUUCGACGAAAUUACGUAUCAGUCUCUUCUUCUCCUCAACAAUUUUCAGUUCCAAAUUGCUCUCAGCUUCUCUUCUCUCCUCUGCUUUCGCUACCGGAGCUCUCUGGGACUUGAGAUUUGUGAAUUAAACUACUCUCGAGUCCAAUUACAACGAUGGGAUGCGGAAACAUCUACAAAAGACGCAUGAAAGUGUGCACAGUUGCUUUUCUGAUAUACCUAGAUUACAAGGCUCUGCAGCAAAGAGAGAAAUGGACUAACAAAACUAAAACAGAUGCUUUAUGGGAAAAUGCGCAUAAGCGAAAUGCUAAACGUGUUCUCAGUUGGAUAGUGGAGUUGGAAGGUUUGUGGGUGAAACUUGGGCAGUAUCUGUCUACACGGGCAGAUGUACUUCCUGAGGCAUACAUAUGCCUUCUCAAGCAAUUACAGGACUCUUCCUCCUCGUCCUUUGGAAGAGGUUUGUCAAACUAUACAGAAAGAGUUGGGGAAGUCAAUGAAUGAGUUGUUCUUAGAUUUUGUGAAUGUUCCUUUGGCAACAGCAUCAAUAGCACAAGUCCACCGUGCCACCCUGCUCAACGGGCGGGAAGUAGUUGUUAAAGUUCAACAUGAGGGCAUCAAGACAAUUAUAUUGGAGGACUUGAAGAAUGCAAAGUCAAUUGUUGACUGGAUAGCAUGGGCAGAGCCUCAGUACAAUUUUAAUCCUAUGAUGGAUGAGUGGUGUAAAGAAUCUCCCAAAGAACUUGACUUCAAUCAUGAAGCUGCCUUGCCCGACAAGCUCGCCAGUAAAGCAGGAGCCCGACAGAAAGCAUCAACGGACGCCAACCUCUUGGGGAGCUGUGUGCUCGUCGGACAGGAAGCAUCCCCCACGGAAAUUCCUGCCACGAACAAUAGCAAUGCUUUUUUAAAUGAUGACGGGGGACCAUGUUGCUCUAUUGUCUGCUUUUGCAGAAAUGGGACUUAAGUUGCGCCUAGAUAUUCCAGAGCAGACAAUGGAAGUAACAAGUGUAUUAUUCCGAAGUACAACACCUGCCAAAGAGUCUCAUGUAGAUGCAUUCCCUGGUGAUAUUGUAAUCUUUUCAUGAGUUCUCAAUCUUCUCAGAG